GAAGCUCCAGCUCCUCCUAGUGACAACUACGCUCACGUUACUCCGCCGUGGUCUCACUGGUCACUGCAUCGCGCUUGUAGCAGCCCCGGCUAAGAUGGCGGACCCACGGGUGAGGCAAAUAAAGAUAAAGACCGGCGUGGUGAAGCGGUUGUGUAAGGAAAAAUUAAUGUAUGAAAAAGAAGCCAUACAACAAGAGGAGAAGGUAGAGCGCAUGAAAAGAGAAGGAGGGGAUGAGUACGUCAUUAAAAAACAGAUUGAAGUACUGCAAGAAUCUCGCAUGAUGAUCCCAGAUUGCCAUCGCAGGCUAGAGGCAGCGCACACAGAUCUUGCACAGAUCUUAGAGAAUGAAAAGGAGUUAGAAGAGGCAGAGGAAUAUAAAGAUGCCCGUUCAAUGCUGGACUCAGUGAAAUUAGAUGCCUAAAUGCUCUUCAGCCUACAUUUUUAUGCCUUGAUACUAUUCCACUGUCCUGUUUGAAAAUUGGGAAACUUGAAUGCAUUUCCAAAGCCUAACAAUAAUAGGACAAGAUUCCAGUUAGGCUACUUUCACACUGACGUUUUGGCUUUCCGUUUAUGAGAUCCGUUCAGGGCUCUCACAAGCGGUCCAAAACGGAUCAGUUUUGUCCUAAUGCACUC